CUUUGGUACUAGUGAAGCUAGAGAGCGACGGAGCGCCGCACGGCUCAGUAUUGUUCAUUGACUGCCCGGCUGCGAGCAGGCUGUCAGUAACCCAGCGCAGAGAUGGAGUGCGGGGAAGGGGAGUUCAAUAUCUUACUGGCCACGGACUCCUACAAGGUCACACAUUACAAGCAAUAUCCUCCAAAUACAAGCAAAGUAUAUUCUUAUUUUGAGUGUCGGGAAAGGAGGACUGAAGAGACCAAAGUAAGGAAGGUUAAAUAUGAAGAAACUGUCUUUUACGGACUGCAGUACAUUCUGAAGAAAUAUUUGAAAGGAAAAGUAGUCACCAAAGAAAAAAUUCAAGAAGCCAAAGAAGUAUAUCGAGCACAUUUUCAAGAUGAUGUUUUCAAUGAGAAGGGAUGGAAUUACAUUCUUGAGAAAUAUGAUGGCCACCUUCCUAUUGAAGUAAAGGCUGUACCUGAAGGCAGUGUUAUUCCCAGGGGAAAUGUACUCUUUACGGUGGAGAACACAGAUCCUGAAUGCUUCUGGCUCACAAACUGGAUUGAGACCAUUUUGGUUCAGACGUGGUAUCCAAUUACAGUAGCAACAAAUUCAAGAGAGCAGAAGAAAAUUCUCGCAAAAUAUUUACUGGAAACAUCUGGUAGCUUGACAGGCUUAGAGUAUAAGUUACAUGACUUUGGCUACAGGGGAGUCUCUUCUCAAGAGACUGCAGGUAUUGGUGCAUCAGCUCAUCUUGUGAAUUUUAAAGGAACAGACACUGUAGCUGGUAUUGGAUUAAUAAAACGAUAUUAUGGAACGAAGGAUCCAGUUCCAGGGUUCUCUAUACCAGCUGCUGAGCACAGUACAAUAACUGCCUGGGGAAAAGACCAUGAGAAGGAUGCGUUUGAACACAUUAUUACCCAGUUUUCUUCUGUACCAGUUUCUAUUGUCAGUGAUAGCUAUGACAUUUACAAUGCAUGUGAGAAAAUCUGGGGGGAAGACUUAAGGAGUUUAAUUGAAUCAAGAAGUCCUUCUGCACCCCUAAUAGUCCGACCAGAUUCUGGAGAUCCUCUUGAUACUGUAUUAAAGGUGUUGGACAUUUUAGGGAGGAAGUUCCCAUUACAAGAAAACUCAAAAGGAUAUAAUGUUUUGCCACCUUAUAUACGUGUGAUUCAAGGAGAUGGUGUGGAUAUAAACACAUUGCAAGAGAUUGUAGAAGGUAUGAAGAAUCACAGAUGGAGCAUUGAAAACAUAGCAUUUGGAUCUGGCGGAGCCUUGCUGCAGAAAUUGACUAGAGAUCUCUUGAACUGUUCUUUUAAGUGCAGUUACGUGGUGACCAACGGCCUAGGGGUAAAUGUAUUUAAAGAUCCAGUUGCUGAUCCUAACAAACGGUCAAAAAAAGGCCGCUUGUCGUUGCACAGAACAUCUUCAAAUACGUAUGUGACGCUUGAAGAAGGGAAAGGUGAUUUAGAAGAAUAUGGACCAGAUCUCCUCCGCACAGUUUUCAAGAAUGGCGAAAUCAUUACUUGCUACUCAUUUGAUGACGUGAGAUGCAAUGCUGGCCUGAAAAAACAGGAGCUGGAGGAAGCAAAUGAUUAGAUAUUAUUGUAAAUAUGUCUUUGUCACCAGUAUGUGAAUUCUGGGUGCACUGUAUGUGAAUAAUUUUUAAUUAUUGUUUUCUGAACAGACUGAAAUGUUUUGCCUACCGUUUUACCUGGAUUACAAUUUAAUUUACAUUUUCUUUUUUUCUUACUUUGUGGAUGCUAAAAGCUGGGGAUUUUAGAAGACCAAAUAGAUUUGAUGUCAUGUUGCUGUCUUCCUUUUUCUCCAGUUGCCUUUUUUAAAGUCUCCUUACAUGUCCUAUUUUGUAGAUUAUCACUUUUUUUGACAAGUGAUUUCUUGCCAUCCCUUGGCACUUAUCAUACAUGCACAUGUGUGCAAAACAAGCACUUCACAAUCCAGUUUGAUCAUGUUUGUCAAAUUACUACUAAAUAAAGCCAGAAAUAAGUGUAUGAAGUCAGGUUAGUAUAUUUGUUCUCUCUUACUUGGUUCAGUUUAAACCAUUCUGGCUAUAUCUUUAUGAAAAGAAAUGUUACAAUCCAAAAAAACAGUUUUGUAGCGAACCUUUUUAAGUUGCCUUAUUUUGUAUCACAUGUUUCAAGUGUUGCUUAUAAGAGGGGAAAAAAAUAUUUGUGCUGCUAUAAAAUAUAACUGAAGUAUUGACGUAUCAAAUAUAAUAAUCUGGCACUGCUUUCUGACAUACACACAGCCUAUUAAAAGCAUAUUUUUACAGGUAAAUGUCUUGAGAUUUAAUACAGUUAAUGCAAUAUAUACAUUUUAUCAAUAAUGGUUCUCAAUUAAAUCAAAUGCCACAUCUGAUUUGUUCUUGUACUAGAAGUAACUCUCCUUAUUGCCAGCAGGCACACAAUGUAAAUUCCACAAAUUGUAUCUAUGUAGUGUAGUCAGCAGAGGGAAUAUGCUAAGCGUUGAUGCAAAGUGGUUUCUCCUCCGUGAAAACUAAGACACUGCCCUAUGGAGUGUUACUUAAUGAAUGAUAACGGAGUUUUAAGAAUUGUGAAACCUUUCCACAUCUUUAGUGCUUUUGAAACCCCACACAAACGCACACAUUUUUCUUGCUUUUCGGUACUAUAUCCAGACGUUGAAAUUUAUAUAUAUUAUUGACGUAUCAAUAUAUUGAGAUGUGUGUAUAUCUCAAAAUUAUAUUCCGAAGUCGUGAAGAUCUGUAUGUAAAUGCGGUUUGUUUGGGGGCA